CCAUUAUUUACAUAUUCGAGACGCUCGCGGCCGGUUGUUGCUUGGAAAUAGUGGUAAACAACUUUAUUGUGUUUGCAAAGGUUUCGUAAAGAUUUUUGGUUCGUCGGCGAGUCACGUUCGAGAAAACUGCAGUGAUGAGGACGUUCGGAGACCGUCCUGUCUCCUUUCAGCUAGAAGAUGGCGGAGACUAUUAUUACAUAGGCACUGAAGUGGGCAAUUAUUUACGACUUUUCAGGGGAACAUUGUACAAAAAGUAUCCGUCACUAUGGCGUCGUGCAGUGACCGUCGACGAACGGAAGAAAAUCUCUCAAAUGGAAAAUAUGAGUCAGCACUCAGCCGCUAAUUUCAUUUCACUGCUGAAAAAGUCUGAAGUUGAUGAUUUAAUAGAUGGAAAUGAAGAGAAAUAUCGCGCUGCUCCUGUUCAGGAAAAUAAUUUCGAAGGCGGAGGCCAUGGUGCUAAGAAUGCAAAGGCUCGGCCAUCAUUUAUGCCGGCUGCCCCGAAUAACGCACAUCACCUUGACGCUGUGCCAUGUUCAACGCCGAUCAACCGGAACCGUUUGCAACAUUCAAAGAAGAACAAAAGCUUUCCCAUGCUUUACGACGAUCUUGACCCGGCUAUGCUGCACGAGAGUGCCGCUCUCCCUGAGUGCCUGGUACCAAUCCGUCUAGACAUGGAGAUUGAAGGUAGCAAACUCCGCGACACGUUUACGUGGAACCGUCACGAAGCGCACAUCUCUCCGGAACAAUUUGCCGAACUUCUUUGUGAUGACCUCGAUCUUCCGCCACUUCUCUUCGUUCCCCAGAUUGCUGCAUCGAUGCGGCAGCAAAUCGAAGCAUUUCCUAGCGAGCCAAGCCUACUUGACGAACAAACAGAUCAGAGGGUUCUUAUCAAGCUCAACAUACACGUCGGCAACAUCUCUCUUGUUGAUCAGUUCGAGUGGGACAUGAGUGAACGAGCGAACUCGCCUGAAGAGUUCGCUACCAAGCUUUGUUCCGAUCUCGGAUUGGGCGGUGAAUUUGUGACAGCUAUCGCUUAUUCUAUCCGCGGCCAAUUGGCUUGGCAUCAACGAACGUAUGCCUUCUCCGAAGCCCCGUUGGCGCAGCUCGAGAUGCCCUUCAGAGCUCAAAGUGAGGCUGAACAGUGGUGUCCAUUCCUGGAGACGCUAACUGACCAGGAGAUGGAGAAGAAGAUUCGCGACCAGGACAGAAAUACUCGGCGAAUGCGACGGCUUGCCAACACCCAUCCUGGCGCAUGGUAAAUCUUGGAUCAAUCGUCUAUAUGGAUAUGGCAAUUACUUACAUACUCGCCAUGUCCGUUAGAACAGUAAUUCAGACUUAUUCUUAAUAUGGUUUGGAUUUGUAUAGUUACCUGAUCUAUGUUGAGAACACACCGGUGUGUUUUUGUUUGGCUUACGGAAGAUAACUGACGCCAUAAAUAUUCCUGAUACCAACUAGGUUAUUUAUCUUUAGCAAAAUUUGUUUAUGAUGAAUGUCCGCCUGAUACCCCUAUGUACAAGGUUGUUCAAAGGAACGUUGCGUGGUGCCAAGAUGAAGAGGACACGGUGUAUCAUAAUCAUUACCUUCCAUUAUUAUAGUGUUACUACGUUUUAUCAAGUCAUUUUUCCAUUGAUACAUGCAAACAGUUAACAAAUCUCAUCUAUUAUAAGUGGCUAUAAAUAAUAAUGUAUUCAAUUUACUUCAAGAGAGACAUAAUAAAGCA